AUGGAUAUUCCAACUGUAAAUCAUCAUGUUGGUUCAACUGAACGAGUAUUUGUUGCUCAUGUUAAUGAUUUAAAUGAUUUUUAUUUACAUUCAGAAUUAGUUCGUGAUUCACUUGUUAAACUUGGUCAAGAACUUUAUGCUGAAUAUUCUGAAUCAUUAACAAAAAAAUCUUUAGGAAUAAAUGAAACACUUAACAUAGAUGAUUAUUGUGCAUGUCCAUCUGAAAGUGAAGAUUGGUAUCGUGGUUUAAUACGUCAAAUAGAUUCAAAUGGUAAUGCAAUUGUAUUUAAAAUUGAUUAUGGUGAUGUGCAAUAUGUACCAAUACAAUUUUUACGGCCGUUACAUAAACGUUUUAUUCAAUUACAUCGUUUAGCAUUUCAUUGUUCAUUAGUUAAUUUAAUAAAACCAUUAGAUGGUUGGUCAGUAAAACUUGUCGAUGAAUUUCGUUCACGAUUAACAACAACAUUUCUUUAUGCAAAAUUUAUUAAUUAUAAUGAAAUAAGAGAUAUAUCAGAAGUUGAAAUAACAGAAAAAUCAUCAAAAACAUCAUUAAAUAAUGAUUUUCAACCAUAUCAAAUGCAACGAUUAGUAUUACCUAUAAAUGAUAAAUUUCUAUAUGAACAUAUUCCAUUGGAAAAAAUAGAAAGUAUUCAAGCGAAUCAAAUUCGUAUGCUUUAUUAUAUAUGUCCAAGUCGUUUUUAUAUUUAUCUUCGAGAAAAUAUUAAUUCUUAUACAAAUUUUCAGAAUGAUUUACACAAAGCUGUACAAAAUCUUCGAUCAAUAUCAACACCAGUAAAAUAUCAAGUAAUUGCUGCACAAGAUAAUUAUGCUAUAUGGCAUCGAGCUGUUAUAUUUGAUUUUAAAUCUGAUUUAACAAAAAUUUGUGUUUAUUUUAUUGAUAUUGGUCAAAGAGAAUAUAUUUCAAGAAAUAAUAUUCGUCCAUUACCAGAAGAAUUUCAUCAUAAACCAGCAUUGGCUAUUCCAUGUCGUUUAUAUAAUGUUUAUCCAAUUAAUGGUAAUGAUCAAACAAUGUGGGAAUCAAAUGAUCCAGUACAUGAUGAAUUUAAUAGACUUAUGGUUAAUAAUGUUAAUUGUAAAGUACAUACAAAACAAGAUCAAAGUAUUUAUGAUGUUGAAAUUGAUAUACCGAAAAUAGGAGAUCUCGGUACAUUUCUUUUUGACAAACAUUUGGUUUCUCGUACAACAAUGAAUAAUAAUUCGCGGCCGAACUUUACUUCAGGUCAACUACCAUUUCAACAUCCAUUUGUACGAGCACAAUUUUCUGCAUUAGGACAAAGUUCUGCAAGACAACAACAGAGACCUACACAACAAAAUGAAUUUUAUAGUAAUCCAAAUAAUAUGGUACAACAACCACAGAAUCGUAUGUUAAAUACUGGAUUACAAAACACUAACAUUCAACAACCUUCUAAUACAUUGACAGUUGCUGGUUCAUCAUCGAUUGCUUCUACUAUAACACCUCAAGACGGAAAUUAUACAAUAAUACAAGUUCAUAGUGCAGCUGAAUUUUAUGGUGUUUCUCAAUUACGUGAACGUGAAUUAGAAAUACUAACUAAACAUUUAGAAGAUUUUUAUAAUAAUUCUGUUAAUGAUCAAUCAUUAAUUGUAAAUGUUCUUGCAGAAGGUGCACCAUGUGCUGUACAACAAGGUGAUAAAUAUUAUCGUGCUAUAAUAAAACGUCGUGAAAAUGAAUCACGAGUAUCAGUUAAACUUAUUGAUCGUGGUGAUGAAGUUAUUGUUGAUAUAUCAGAAUUAUUACAAAUUGAAAAACAUAUUUCUUCAAUAGCAGUAUUUGCUCAACCAUUUCGUUUACGUGGUUAUGAUGAAUCACAAAAUUCAGCUACUCUAACUCGUACUUUGAAGAAAUUAAUAUUUAAUCAACGUGUUCAUAUCACUCAAAUUGGUUCCAUGCUUAACGGAUUUUAUCCUGUUGAAGUUAUUUUAGUUGAUAAUCAAUCCGUUAAUAAAAUACUUUUUUCUAAUGAUAAAAAUCUAUUAACUCCAACAUCAAUUUCAAAUAAUCGACCUGGUUUUAAUCAACCACAUCAUACUCAUAUUGAAUCACAAGUAUUUAGUAAUUCAAAUAAACAUCAUAAUACAAUUGGUGGAGAUUUAAGUGGACGUUUACCUAUGACUCAUAGAACAAAUGAGAUUUUACCAACACCACCAAAUAUUUUAGCAGGCGCUUCACGUACACAACCUGGUCGAUUUGGAACAGGAAAUCCAGUAACUUCGACUAUGCCUUUAACAAAUGGACAAAUACCACGUUUUGGAAAUAUAACUAAUCGUAAUAGUCAACAAUAUUCACAAACAAUUGAUUCAACAGCAUCGAAUUCUACCUGGAAUAAAGAACAAAAUAAUAUAUCAAGUUUUAAUGUUACAAAUCAACAACCAUUUGCACGACAACAAUCAAGUUCAUCUCAAUUUGGUUUUAAUCAAAGAACUGAUGAUGAUAAAAUAUCGAUGGCAAAUAAUCAAAAUCGUUUAUCAUCAACAAAUUUUGAUAAUCAACAAGUAUCAUUUGAACAAAAACGUUCAUUUGCCAGUAGAUUUUCUCAUGAUGAUCGCAAUGAAAAACAAAUGAGCGGAAAUUAUUUUCAAAAAAAUGAUAAUGCAACAAAUGAAAGUGGUCUCCGACGAGGUGCUAUGACUCGUGGUAGUGGCGGAUUUUCUGAUCGAGGAGCUCGUGAUGGUUUGCAUGAUCGACAUAUGGAUCGAAGUAACGAUGGCCAUAAUAAUAACUAUAAUGCAUCCUCUUCAGGCGGAUUUUCUCAACGUGGUGGAAAUUUUACUGAUAGAGGUGGUCGUAGUGGAAAUUUUCACGAUCGAAAUAAUUUUAAUCGAAAUCAAAUCAAUGAUCAUAAUGAAAAUAAUAUGCAACGAUCACAAAACUUCAAUAAUAAUACUCGAGGUGGAUUUCAAAAUCGUCGAGGUCAAGGAGAUGAUCGAAAUCAUGGAGGUUUCGAACGACGAGGCCAUCGUGGUAGUCAACGCGGAAGUGGCUUUAGUAAUAGUCGUGGUGGUCGUAAUAGUUUUCGAGAUGAUGAAACGAUUGGAUUGCAAUUAAGUUCAGAUUAUAAUAAUUCAAUAAAGACAUCCAAUAGUUUAUCAAAUACACGAACAACAAACGUUAAUUUUGAAGCUGGUGAUCAUUUUAUUGAAAAUGAAAUACCAAAAGAAAUAUUUAAAUAUGUUAUUAGUCAUAUUGAAACAGCAAAUGAUUUUUUUAUACAAAUAUUAUCUAAAGGUGAUGAGUUAUCAAAAUUAAGUGAGAUUUUACAAAAUCAAUAUGAACAAGCACCCGCAACAAAUUUAAGUACAUUGAAAAUUGGUCAAGCAUGUUUAGCUAAAAGUUCUGAUGAUUGUUGGUAUCGAGCUAUUGUUAUUUUAACUGGUUUAAAUAAAUUAAAAGUUCGUUUUAUUGAUUUUGGUGAUACAACUGAAGUGAAUUCAAAAACUAUUCGGCAAUUAGAAAAAAAACAUUGUUUAGCAGCUCCCUAUGCUUACGAAUGUAAAUUUGCAAAUGUUCAAACUUUUGAUAAUGUAAAUAACGAAAAUAUAAUAAAGAAAUGUGCUGGUAAGGAAUUUGAAGGAAAAAUAAAUACGAAAACUUCGGAUAAUAAAUUUAUUCUUGAAUCCAAUGAUUUUCUUCAAAUUUUACUUGAAACAAAUGCAAUCAAAUUAAAACCUAAAAUAACAUCAAAACGUAUUCAUUGUUUUAUUGCUCAUGUUGAACCUGAUCAACAUGAAUUUUUCAUUCAAGAUGAUAAGGAAACAGCAGACAAAGUAGCCGAACUUGUUACUAAUGAAGAACCAAAUGCUUCAACAUUAACAAUUGAUGAAGUUAAACAAUUAUUACCAAAUACAAUGGUUAUUGCUAUGUAUGAAAAUGAACCAUAUCGUGCUAUUAUACAAUCUAAUGAUGACAAAGAUGAUGAUAAUAUUAAUGUUUGUUAUGUUGAUUAUGGUAAUACAAAUUUAUGUUCAAAAACAUCAUUAAAAAAUUGUAGUGAACAAUUAAGUUCAUAUCCAUAUCAAAGUAAACGAUGUCAAUUAUAUGGUAUUAAAUCGAAUGAAAUUGAUAAUGCAUUUCAACACCUUGCAGAUAAUUCUGAUUCAGAAAAUAUUGAAAUUUCAAUAAUUAAUAAAAAAAAUUCUUUAUUUAAUGUUCUUCUUUAUAUUGAUGAUAAAUGUGUUAAUGAAAAAUUUGGAUAUGAUCCAGAUUUAAUUGAAUAUAAUGAUGGUAACGUUGAAAUUGAUGAUCAACCGAGUACACCAAUAGCAACAACGAUAAUUAAAGAAGAAGAAGAAGAAGAAGAAGAAAAAGAAAAAGAACAACCUAUAUCUGUAGAUGAAAAACAAACUAAUGAUGAUGUUUUACCACAAAAUGAAAGUUCAUCAGAUACACCAGCAUUUACACAACCUGAGAACAAUGAAUUGAUUACAGAAGAAACUUUACCAAAAUAUCGUUCAGGUUUUUUAACACAUAUAGAACAAAAUAAACCAUAUGUAUAUAUUCAAUUAAUACCUGAAUCUGAAUCAAUAAUUGAACAAAUCAAUCAAUUAAUUGAGAAAACAAUAGAAGCAAAAAAACAUAAUUCAUCAUAUGAAAUAGGUGAUCAUGUUAUAGCACAAUUUACUCAAGAUGAUACUUAUUAUCGUGCUAGAAUUGAAUCAUACUCAUCAGAAACAAAUUCGUAUACAGUUUAUUUUCUUGAUUAUGGUAAUCUUGAUGAAAAUGUACAAUUGAAUCAUCUUUAUUCAUAUUCCGAAGAAUUAAAAAAUAUUGAACCACAAGCACUUGGAUAUCUAUUAAAUAAUGUUAAUCUUGAAUUAUGGACUAAUACAUUACAUUCAUUAAUGGAAAAUAAAUUAAAUGAUACUAUUGAAUUUUCUAUUAUAAAUAAAGAUAAUUUUGUUAUUCAUAUUAAACUUGAUGAUGAUAAUAAUAAUAAUAAUAAUAAUAAAGAACAAAAUAAACUUUUAUCAGCUAAUAUAUCAGCUAUUGAUGAGAAUUUUUUUUACAUACAUAUAUUACCUGAUGAUAAUUUAAAUGUAUGUGAAAUUGAAGAAUAUUUACUAGCAUAUUAUAAACAAAAUAAAGAUCAAUGGACAAUAAAUGAUUUAUGUAUUGUUUCAAAUGAUGAAAAUAAAUUUUAUCGUGGUCAAAUUCUUGAUAUCAAUGAUAAUAAAUAUAAUGUUAGAUGUAUUGAUUAUGGAAAUAUUUUACAAAAUAUAACACAUGAUCAUUUAUUUAUAUUAUCAAACGAUGAUAUUUUAAAACAAUCAUCAUUAGCACAUAAAUGUCAAUUGUAUGGUAUUGAUGAUAUUAAUCAAAGAAAAGCUAUUGAUGAUAUUAUUCAAUAUAUACCAAUAACAGAAUGUCUUACAAUUCAUAUUGAAAAUAAUGAUGAAAAUAAUCAAUGUUUAUUUGUUACACUUAUAAGAGAAGAUAAGGAUAAUAUUAAUGCUCGAUAUUUGUCAAAUGAUAACAUUGAAGAUGAAAACAAGCUAGAAAUUUAUUUAUCAUAUUUACACGAUCAUAUGAUAUUAUAG